GGUUCACCGUGUUCUCGCAGCGCUGAGGAGGAACAUCGAGUUCCCUGCGGCCGCGAGGUCGGCUGCGAGUUCGCGAGCGAGCGCGCGUAUCGGGAACGCGCCGGGGGACCCAGCAGUUGGACGGAGUGACACACGUUCGAGAAGAGCACGAACCUGACCACCCAGGUAUGCUCAUCUCAGGGCAAGAUGACUACUGACAGAGAGAUCACCGUGGAUGACGAAUCCGCAGCAGCUUUCGUCACCUCACAUGGCAUCGACAUCACACCCAACAAGGACCAGGGCGUGAUUAAGGUGGUCAAGCGGCUGGGGGUGGACGGCGAAAGGCCCAUGAUCGGGGACAAGGUGUACGUGCACUACACCGGGAAGCUGCUCAAUGGGAAGAAAUUUGACUCAAGCCUGGACCGCAAGCAACCUUUCUCCUUCAACCUGGGCAAAGGUCAGGUGAUCAAGGCAUGGGAUGUGGGCGUGGCCUCCAUGCAGAGGGGCGAAGUGUGUCUCUUCCUCUGCAAGCCCGAGUACGCCUAUGGCACCACGGGCAGCCCUCGCAAGAUUGCACCCAACUCCUCGCUGCUCUUUGAGGUGGAACUGCUGAGCUUCAAGGGUGAGGAGCUGACAGAAGAUGGGGGCAUCGUUCGGAGGAUAAAGGUCAAAGGGCAGGGCUUCAGAUACCCCAAUGUGGGGGCCACGGUCUCUGUGCACUUGCAGGGCAGCUGCGACGGGAAAAUCUUUGACUCGCGGGAUGUGAGCUUUGUGGUGGGCGAGGGCGAUGACGUGAACGUGCCUCUCGGUGUCGACCGUGCCAUGGAGAAGAUGCAGGAGGGCGAAUGCUGCUUGCUGUACCUGAAGCCCAAGUAUGGCUUCGGGAAAGAAGGGUGUCCCAACCUGAACAUUGGGCCCAAUGCAGAGCUCAUGUACGAGGUGACUCUCCAUAGCUUUCAGAAGGCUAAAGAGUCCUGGGAGAUGGAUGUAAAGGAGAAGCUGGCCCUGGCCAUGCAGGUCAAGCAGAAGGGAACACAGUACUUCAAGGCGGGCCGCUACCCCCAGGCAGUGAUCCAGUACCAACGCAUUGUCUCCUGGCUGGAGAUCGAGUGCCUACUGGACGAUGAACAGCAGAGCCCUGUCAGGGACAUCCUCUUGGUGGCGCAGCUCAACCUAGCCCUGUGCCACCUGCGCCUGCGCGAGUACACCUGCGCUGUGCACAACUGCAACAAGGCGAUCGAGCUGGAUGAGCGCAGCGAGAAGGCGCUGUACCGGCGUGGGGAGGCUCGGCUGCUGUGCAAUGAGUUCAGCCUGGCCAUGGAUGACUUCCAGCGUGUGCUGCAGGUGAACCCCUCGAACCGUGCUGCUCGCACCCAGAUUUCCGUCUGCCAGCAGAAGAUCCGUGAGCAUCAUGAGCGAGACAAGAAGAUCUACGCCAACAUGUUCCAGAAGUUUGCAGAGCGCGAUGCCAAGGCUGGGAAGCUCAAGAAGAGGAAAGAAGAGACUGGAGCACUGGAUGACAACAGUGAACUGGGAACAAAGAAGCAGCGGAAGAGUCAAGACCACCUCUGAGUGGCACCCCCUGCAGGGCAAAGGGAUGGACCCUGGCAUGUGGCAGGGAGGCUGGUCUCCCCACCUGCUCACGAUCAUUACUUCAUAGAGACAAGGAAGGGAUAUGAACCCAGUCCCUUCCUUCCCAGCCUCCUGCCCUGGAAAAUUGCAGUCCUUGCAACCCCUCUCAGAGCACCAUUGUUGUUCUUCACUCUUGUUUAUGUGGCCUUGGGUUUCAGUCUUUUCCCCAAGGUCAUUGAGGGGUUUGAUUGUGUGCAGUGAGACAAGACCCAAUAAAAACCCUUCCUAGGGAGUGCUGUCACUAGUUCUCCAGAUCCUGACAGACACAAGUUCUCACGAAGUUGGAAGGCCUCUACACAACGUGAGCUCAGAUUCUCAUGUCGACUCGGUGGGGGAUCCUAGUGAACAACACAUGAUCAUGCGCUUGACCAAGGAAACAACGACUAAAAUGGCCAUCUCUCCGUAGUUUCGGGAGAUGUUUCUCAUCGAUCCCUUGACUGUUCUUCCUGGCUGGUUCUGGGAUGCUGGGCUGAGCAUCACCCUUAGAUGUUUGGUCCAGAAUCCAGAGCAGUCCUGAGAUGGCAGCAGUCCCUGCCCAUACACCUACACCUGGCCCUCUUGCCCUGAGACUAAACCUUCAGCUGAGAGAGGUCCUUCAUCAGACGUGUCUUGUCUGUAUUGCUCACUCGCUGUCAUUAACCACUUGUGUUUUUUAGGGUUGUGGUGGUCCAGAGCCCAUCCCAGAAUAAAUGGGCCCCAGACAAGGAGGGGUACACAUUGGAUGGGACAGCAGUCCUCCACAGGGUAGCCUGCCUCUCUCUCUCUCUCUCUCUCUCUCUCUCUCUCUCUCUCUCUCUCUCUCUCUCUCUCUCUCUCUCACACACACACACACACAAAAUGGGCCAUUUAGAGUCACCGUGUCAUGAGAAUACAAUAUGACAAUUCCAGACAAACUAAGCUGGAUUCAAACCCAGGCCCAAACAGCCCAGGUACAGGGAGGCAGCAGUGCUGUUUGCUGUGCCAUCACUAUUAAGAGGAUCUUCUUCCCAGCGGAAGCUCACUACUGAGGUGUAGCUUCACUUCUAGACGUUUUGUUUGAGUUCACCUUGAGUUCAGCUUUGACCUCGGGCCCCGGGUGGGAAGAGAAGGAAGCCUGUGGCAUUCUGGCACACUCUGGUCACCCAAGGGAGUUUUGGCACACACUCCUGGUGUGGUGCUAGUGCAGAGCGUGACGAAGUUCUGGAUCCUCGGGACAAUUCUGGUGGAGGCCUCUUUGGUUCUGUGUAUGGAAGACGUUCAAGGGGUGUUUGAGCACCCUGUCCAAGUCGGGCCUGUACCAUGCUCAUACCGCACCAAUCCUGGGUGGCGACACACACAGACACACCAGUGGGCUGUGGGCCAAGAGAGGACAAUGAGCGUACUGUCCAUCGUCAUACUGUACUUCUGUCAAACAGCUGUCGGCUUUUGUUGCCGCUGUGGACUAACACAAGGGUUGUCAUUAUCUCCUGCUGUGGACUGAACACGCCAUUGUCCAUCCCCCAAAGCACCUAGCGUUCUCCGUACAGCGGUCGAGAAGUGAUUCAGCUGCCCAUCGGCUUCAAUUUCAUCAAGGCCUUCAGCUGGAGGUGGCGCCAGGAGCUUCUGACUCAUUGGGCAUAUUGACCAACGGUUGUCUCCGGAGCCACUUGGAUUAUUUGUGGUGAAGAUACACAAUUUGUGACAUGACUUAAGAUGAUCCUGAGAGCUUUGCUUGUAUCCCAGACACAUUGUGAGCCAUAACAGCCACACCCCGUGCCACUGGUGGCAGUAGUGAAUCUUACGUUCAGUAACACGCCACACUUGAGGGUGGACCAGGUACGGUGACAUGGCGUCCCACACAGAUCGGAGGAGACUGCGUCCGUUUGCAAAAACAAUGGUGAUUCUUUUUGCUAUGGGAAAGUAAAGCUCAUUAUACACUUCUGAAGAAAUGGAGGGAUGUGAUUCAAGUAUUUUGUGGCAUAACCUUGAUAAAUGUUACUUUACCUUCAUUUUUAUUUCAAGCUUGCAUUAUAUUAAAUAUAUAUUUCUUGGAUAAACUGAAAAGACCUUUGUCAUUUAUGUGCUGGGAAAUAAUUAAAAAAAAUGUUUCAGUCCCAUUGAGUAUGAGAAAUGUGACACGUACUUGAAGCUGUACAGCAAUAAACAUACCUCCUGCAGUGUACUGCA